UCUUACUGCUGAUCGACCGGUCGGCCAAGACACUCAACAAUUCGCUCUUCACUGCAACUCUCUCGCUUGGCGGGGGGUCCUUACUGUCUGCCAUCACCUCCCUCCCCUUCUACCUGACUGCCUCUCUACGGCUGAGACCACUGACCAUUCUGUUCUCUUCUCGUUCUUGGGAGAUCAUACCAUCCGCCGCGGAGCCCGGACAGGCUAAUGACGCAGAACGCGGAUGUGAGGGAAUGUGGUCUUACUCUGCAAACAUAGAGCAACGUACACGUGGAACAGAAAGAGGUGUAGCGGUCGGUGUACUCAGAACCCACCAUAGCCGGACUUCUCAGCCGACUGGACAUGGCGAUUUUCUGAAGAAAGGGCACGUUACAUGAGCGAGAGGAGCUGGGAGCCCUACUGUGUGUAGAAGUACUGUCUUUGUGAAAAUGAUGACAACAAAAUGGUUCAAAUGGCUUAUGAUAUGCCCAUCAGAUGGUGCGGCGGACAAUUGUCCUGACAGCCAGGCGAGUGGAGGCGGGCAUGAGCGUGUAAGGCGCAGGUCGAGGUGCGGAUGCCUGCAAUGCAAAAGGAGGCGGCGGAGGCGUUCUCGAGGGAGUGACAAGCAUCAUGGAAGGAAAAGACAGGGGGAUGCUGAAUGUGGAUGUGAUGGUUGUAAGGCCAGGGAAAGCAGCCGGGUCUCCCCCGGCACAGAAAAAGGAGGGGAAAUACGACAAGGGCAAGUCAAUGAAGGAGAGCACAGAGGUGGGGAGGAUGUGGAGGAGUUGCGCCGUAGGAUAAGCUUGGAGGUCGCUGCAGGAAAAGCUGAGCGAGAUGUGUAUCGUGAGGAGUCUGGAUCUGGACAUGGGGACCCUGGCAAGUCCCCAGAAGACGAAGGAUAUCCAGAAGGUUCGGAGAAAUGGCGACAAACGGGCACUCCUUAUGGUCGUCAAUUUGCAUUGAGUCUGGAAGAACUGAGGAGUGUCAAGCUGCGCAAGGUCAGGAGGCCGAGCAUGGAAGCACUUGCGAAGGGCAUGAAGGAUUCCUCCGAGUUGGAGAGUGUCGGAACUGGGAAGCGGCAUGAAGGUGAUGCUUGCCCUGCGAAUGACGUAAGACUGUUGUCACCUGUGUAUGGAGACGAGGAGGAGAUUGUCACGAGUGCUGAUGAAGACGUGACUUGGAAGUACGUUCCACGUGCCCGCGGAGGGAGCUCGGAUUUCAGUGUGCCGGAUCAGAGUUUGCCUCGUGGAGCCGAGGAAGAAAGGGCAGCUUCUCCAAUGGCAAUUGCGGAAGGAGAAGGGGUGGGGCAGUCGAUUCGGGUUGCUGAUGGGAGUGGAGUGUAUGCGGUGAAAAGUGCCCACAGAGUUUCACCGCUGGCUCUCAGCGCAUGGGAAAAGGUGGCAGUGUGGAUGGAGAGGGGAUCUAUGCACGGGGAUGGGAGCGUGGAUUAUUUGAGCCUAGACGAUGAAGGUGCACCUAGUCUUGUGAGAAGUGUGGGCUCAACACGGGUUGAAGUGCUGGAUGAAGGCAUGAAUGGGGCCUUUAAUGGUGAUGAAGAGCGGGGAGUAUCGCCACAGCCUGCAGACUUGGCAUUUGGGCGAUCAGAAUGCCCUACACCUGGUCUAUCGGAAAGUGGAUUGGAAGCGUGGAACAGGGUUCUGACAUGGAUGAAUCGAGAAAGGAGGCUUUCCAUCAAUGAGCUGUUUCUGGAGCCAGCAAACUACGAGGGAAAAUCGGAGGAUGGUGUAAACUCUGCUUCUGGUGGGUCAAUGAAGUUGGAUCCCAGUGCCCGAAGGGAUGCUGAAUUUGCUGAUGAGGGAAGUGAGAAGCUCUCGGGCACCUUCCAGAUGAUGGCUGCGGAUGAAGUCUUCAGACUGGACUCUGAACGCGAAUGGGAUGAAGCAGACGGUACUCCAGCCCGGUCCGUGCUCCGUGCACAGCAGGCACUUAGCGAAAUCGAGAAGAUGCUACGGGAUAGAGGAACGUGCAGCAACGAGAGUGCAGGUUGGCUGAGGGAAGGGAGAGAUGGAAAGCCUCUAGGGCAGGUGGAAGACAACCAAAGGAGGAUGGUACGAGAACCUGAACCUGGAACAAAGAAGGGCAGUGGCAGCUCAAGUGGUUCGUCUAUGCACAACAGAGGAUGGGGUAUGGCAAUGCUUAAAAAGAGCCCCAAGAUGAGGGAGGCGGAAAGGGAUCGGGAUGCUGGAGGAUCCACACCGUCACAUAGACCGCGCACAUUGCCUGUGAAUGAUGCCCAUGGCCAAGGGACUGGGGAGCAUGGGAGUUAUCAACGAUGCACUGCAAACGAUCCUACGGUGGCGACCAAUUUAACGAGCGAGCUCUUCAACGUGGGGGAGGUAGGAUGGGCCGGAUCAGGUAGCUCCUUGCACGGAAAGGAGGGUGCUGAACAGGGACAACAUAAGGGCAGGGCUACUUUGGCACAGUCAAAGGAAGAUAAGUCUAAGGAGACACAAAGGAUUGCAAGUGGCCGCAGUGAAGAAGGGGCUUGGAGUGAAGAUGGUCUAUGCAACGAAGGAAGUAUUCGUGGACAGAGUCUCUCUGCCAGGAUUGAGAGAGAGUUCUCCUCCAAGCUUGAGGCGCGUUGGAAGAGGGGGUCUCAUUUGUUGAAGUUGGAAACACUCUCUUGUCCACCAAGCCAAAGGGAGAAAGGAUUGGCGGGGGGUGAUGCACAUGGCUCUGUUGAUGGAGGAGGAGAAGCUGAUGAAUGGUUUGACAGAGACGAAGUUGAGAAUGGGUUGACCGGAUUUGAAGCUGAGCUUGUCAAGGCAGUCAAAGCUUGGGAUCAAAGACGUUUACUGGACACGCCGAAACGCGUCCAUGUGCCAAAUCAACUGGAAAGCUGUACGACGGGUGAAGAGAAGGUGGCAGUAAGCACUGGAAAUGAAGAAUCCCAUGCGAAGCACCUCGUUAAACUAUCACCUGGGAGAGGUGGUGAGUCUGAGGAGGGAGGGGCUCCUGAUGGUCAGGAAGGACGAGCUGGUGCAUGUGCUGCGCCUUGGGUGUGGGAUCAAGUGGAGCAAAGGAGUUUCGGCUUGGCGUGGCUAUUUGGAAUGCCGUCAAUAAGCUGCUGGGCAGGUUGGAUUGGGAAUGUACUGGAGCUGUUCGUACCAAGACGUGUGGAAGGCACAGCAAAUGGGGAUUGGAGCUUCUGGGCUGAUGGGCAAGCGUUAAUGCGAGUGUACACUUCACAGAGCAUGAUGAGAGGUGUUUUGGGCUUGGUGUCUCAUGAUGGGACGUUCAGGGGCUUCAAGGUUCAGCGAUGCUGUUUAAACUGCUGCCACCUAGAGGUUAUCAGAGGACUUCAGUGUUACUUUGGCCUGAGGAAGUUGUGUGCCAAAAUGUGGCUCGCGAUGGCUUCUUGGGUAGAGCAUUUCUGACUAUUGAAGACAGCGAUCUGGGGAUUUCGGUCUACGCAGACACAGCAAGAGGGUCUUGAGAUGUGGUAGCGAAGGAGUAUGGUGGACUCAGCUUGUUUGACUUGGUUGCUGCAGCCUGGCAAUGAAUGGUUUAUAUCCACCAAAGUUGGGAAGUCGUGUCUGUCAAGCAGGGGCUGUGAUUCCCCAACCGCUAGCAAGGAUCGAGCUGUAACAUAAAAAAAUUGGCAUGGAGCUGUAACAUAGAAGAAAUCAUUCGUCAGUGCAGUCGCAUGUUGUCAGGUGUAACCUGAUUGCUGUGGGAGACUAGAAGGCAACUUAUUCUAGUGGAGCUAGAAGGCAACUUAUUCUAGUGGAGUUAGGAGGCAACUUAUUCUAGUGGAGUUAGAAGGCAACUUAUUCUAGUGUAGUGAUGGAGUGUGCGACAAUUAGCGCGAAAUUCUGUUUGAUAUGGUAGUAGUUGGUGCGCUGAAUUCUCUGGUGUGAAGGGGGAAUUGGCAGGGCCAACAGCUGUAGAUUUUCUUUGAUUGAUUGGCAGUGCACUUGGUGGGUUUGAAAAUUUUGUGUAUGCGUCUUAUCGACCUGAUGUGCGGCAGGGGCUUCGAAUGGCCGAUAAAGUUUGUUAUGCCUG